AUGUAUACGUUUAAUAUAUUGGUAGAUGCUUUUUGUAAGGAAGGAAAAGUGAAAGAAGUUAACAAUGUGUUUGCUAUGAUAAUCAGAAAAGGUGUUAAACCUGAUGUUAUUACUUAUAGCUCGUUAAUGGAUGGAUAUUGCUUAGUUAAAGAAAUGAACAAGGCCAACCGUACAUUCAACACCAUGGCACAAUGUGGAGUGACUCCAAAUGUUCAGAGCUAUAGUAUUAUGAUUAAUGGAUGUUGUAAGGUUAAAAUGGUGGAUGAAGCCUUAAAUCUCAUCGAAGAAAUGUGUUGUAGAAACAUAAUUCCUAAUGUGGUAACAUACAGUUCCCUUAUUGAUGGUUUGGGCAAAUUAGGGAGAAUCUCACAUGCUUUGAAGCUUGUCGAUGAGAUGCACGAUAGAGGUCUACCACCUGAUAUAUUUACUUACAAUUCAAUAUUUGAUGCUUUAUGCAAAAGCCAUCAUGUUGAAAAGGCAAUGGCAUUAUUAACAAAAGUUAAGGACGAGGGUAUUCAACCAAAUAUGAAGACGUAUACUAUUCUUAUUCACGGAUUGUGUAACUUAGGAAGAGUAGAGGAUGCGAGAAAUGUUUUUGAAGAUCUUUUGGUCACAGGCUACAUUCUAGACUAG